ACAGGAGAUUAUUAUAUGCCGUUAUUACGUGGUAAAAAUGGUCAUAAUCGUCAUAAUGGUGACUGAAUCGGUUUGCGGGAUUUGCCGUUACAUUCUUGCACGUGGCUUGUUCGGCUUCUUCCGAAAUGUCGCCGAACUUACGUCAAGCUACACGGCGUCAGAUCCCAGAAGAAAGUACGUUUUCUAAUAUGUUACCACACAGUUUCGUUAAGCAUAUCAUUGCCCAAGUUGCCCCCAUUGAGCGCAGUGCUAUCAGAUGGGGCUGUGUACACUGGCGACAUUUCUGUCGGCAGGCCCACGGGAAUGAAUACAGUGCGUAUCCGACUGUGUGACUGUGCUGACAUGCUAUUGUGCUACUGUGUUUUUAUUUAAGUUGUUUUACAAUGACCUUAUUGAGUGAUGAGGGAAUUGAAAAACUUAUAAAUGGGAUGGAAAAAAGACCUGCUCUGUACAACAAGACCCUGAAAGGGUAUUUGGACAGCAACUUGAAGAAAAAGCUGUUGCUUGAGGUUUAUGAGGCUGUGUUGGAGGAUUGGGAUGGCAAGAUGGGCGAACAGAAGGUUGAGGCUGGAAAAGAGAUCCAAGACAAGUGGAAGGGUUUAAGAUCUUCCUUCUCGAGGGAGCUACGUGAACAGAGACAUGUUAAGAGUGGACAGCCUGCAUGUAAAAGAAGUAAAUACAUCUACUUUGACAGACUUCUUUUUUUUUUACUGCCCCACACACAGCCAAAAUCAGCAGCAACAAAUCUUCAGGAAGAUGAAGGAGGGGAAGGAAAUGAAGCAGUUGAAGACCCUGCAGAAGUUACACCAGAACCAGGCAGUGAGAAUAUCACUUGAAACAGACCUGCAAGGAAGACAAUCAAAAGACCAGGACAAUAUUGUUUUGAAAUUCAGAUGCUAGAAAUUUUAAGUGAGAAACAGCAGGCUGCGACAGAUGAGGAUGUAACUUACGCCAUGUCACUAGUACCAUUUUUAAAGUGUAUCAGUGAGGACAAGAAGCUUGACGCUAGGAUCGAGAUACUUCAGGUAUUGCGAGGUUUUGCAAGUACCAGUACCCAAGCUGUGCAGCUACCCACCUGUCACACUCUACAGAACCAACCACAAGGUUCAUAUCAAACAGGAAUGGAUCCUUACUGGUUUUCAGGAGGAGGAGUAUACAGGAGAACAGCUCCUCAAAUGCAACCAAUACCUUCAACAAGUACUUAUGGCAACUACCACCUAACAGGACACUGGCAGCCACAACAACAAUGACAACAACAACAACAACAACAACAGGGAUCAACAUUUUCAACAUGGACAUCAUCACCACACUCAGUCAACUCACAAGUCAUCUCCGAUGACUAUCGUGCAUUCCCCAGAUUCUGAUAUUCUAGACUUGGACUCUGUUGUGAAUGAGUAGUUACUUGUAAUUAUUCAUUAUGCUAAUGUAAUCCUAUAACUAAUAAAAAUUGUCGUGAGAAAAUGAACGAUUAUACUUAAAAUUGCUUACAUUUUGAUUAAAAGUUUUCUUUGCUGCACGAUUUCAAAAUGUACUUACCUCAAUGCAACGGAAAGUCGUUCUGGUUCAGGCACACUUCUUCUGCAAUUAGUGUUCUCCCUAGCAAUUGAGGGUCCUACUAGAGCCAGAAGUUCAUCCAAACUGGAAACACUCAUUCUGUAGUAAGAAAGAAACUUAUCGGGAUAAUUCCCAACAAAUAUGUCGUUCCACAAUUUGUCGCCUGUGUACACAUGGCCUUAACAUAAAUUUAUUGGUUUUGAUGGAUAUCUUCUGUAAUGUGGGCCAUGAAUUAGCUAGUGACAUGCUAUGUUGACAUGUUUUUUAAUUAGUUUCAUACAUAAUUAGACUCUUCAAAUAAUAUUUGAUGAAUAUGACCAUUGCUGGGCAAAGGUUCAGUAAGAAUGUUCCCACAGGAAUGAAUAGAUGUGGAAUAGCCUGUUGCUGGGCAGCGGUUCAGUAAGCACAUUCCCUCAGCAAUGAAUAGACGCAGUAAUACACAACUGUUCGAGGUGGUGGCUCUCUUCAGUUCGCCCUGAAUUAUAUAAGAGAGUCGUCAGAGCUGAUUACCCUGUUUGGAGGCAGCAUCGAAUACCUCCAUCGUAGCCCUGUGAGUUGUAGAAGGUGAUGGUGAUGGAGAUGGAAGUCUCAAAUCUGAGACAGUAAAAUAUGGUCAUGAGUCCCAUGGGACUCAGACCCAAGAAUGACUGCACUGGCAAGGGCCAGCAGCACAGAGUGGUCAACUGACUGUCAGUCAUAAUAUAAGACUUAGACUCAGUCGGUAUGGGGUGGACAACCAGGGGGUCGGAGUUCAAGUCCCAGUGGGGGCAAGAAUUAUCACUUCUCCAUGUCAUCCAGCCUACUGUCUAUUGGGUACUGGGGCACACUUUCCCCAAGGGUAAAGAGGCCAGCUGACCACUCACUUCCAACUAGUGCCCAGGUCAAGAAAAGGUGGAUCUAUACAUUGACUCCCACUUCUUCAUGGUGUAGUGCUUAAUUAGUUAAGCACAGGGACAACUUGACCUUUUUUCAUACUUACAUAGGUUGUGCUGUGAUUGAGAUUAACUUUUUCUAAGAGACCCAACAGAGUAGAUGUUUGCCCCCUCACCUGAUGAUGGAAAGAGAUUUAGCUUUUGAAACAUUGAAAUUGUGCAUUCUCUAGUUUUUGGAAUACUGGAUGAUGUACAAAGUCCCAAAGCCCAGUAAUUCUGACCAUUCAUAAUUUUCUUUUUUUUCUUCUUUUGUUAUAUAGUUAAUAUUGAAGGUCUUGUAUUACUGGUGAAUCCUAAACAGUGUUGUUGUAAUACACUGUGAACUAUUUAUGAAAUUUUGCAAGUUAAAGUCUGGAAAGGAUAAGGAGUGGAUUAUGGUUUAUGUUAGUUGAGCUUUCUGAUUACAGUUUGUUUAGCAGUAAAUUUAGUUCAAGAUGUCCAUAGACAUGGCUUCUCUGUGCUUCAUUGUCAUCAGCUUUCCCUAUUCUGUACAUCUCUGUAUCCAAGUAUUCUUACAUUUUGUACUAUAUAAUUCUAUAGAAACACAUCUGUUACAUCUUGAUAAACUUGAUAUGCCAGUUUUGCAUGCCUGCAUGACAAAUUUUUAAAGUAUACUCUCAUUAUGAAGUUCUGCAUUAGCUUAUGUAUAAGAAAUAAUAUUACGGCUGAUUCUUCACUAAUAUAGAGAUGAAUUAUGUAAAAUAGACUUUUGAAAUUUAUAUCUUGAGAUUUACAUGUGCAUACAUGUAGAAAAGGGCAUUUCUGUUCUGCAGAACUAACUACAAGCAUGUGAAAUGUAUAUAGCUUUUGGAUGAAAUUUGGAUCCUCAUUCCAAAUAUUUAAUUACCUGAGUAUUUUAUUUUUUUCAUUGGCGCUACAGCCCUCAGUUGGGCCUAGGCCUACCUCCAUGCAACUCUCUGUUCGGUUUUACUAGUUCUUAGACUUACGGUACUACUCCUGGGCGGGUGAUCAGCUCGUCGCAAGGCCUCUACCUGUGUACAAACACAGAAAAACGCACACAAACAUCCAUG